AGCAUGCAAACGAGAUUGCAGUCGGCGUUGGUGCGCUUUCGUGUUGCGUGGCGGGAAACUAAAUGCGGUGACGCUACUCACAGUUCCGAAGUGAAGGCAGCACUGAAAAAGAAAGCAUGUUGUUGUCAUUGUGGAUUGCCGUACUAGUCACGCUGCUUACGACGUACAUUUGGCGACGAAGAAAGCGGUUCCUCUUGUUCAAAGAAUUAGGAAUACCGGGACCUGAGCCGAGCUUUUUUUCUGGGAACACUGCAGAAAUACUCGGUAAAGGAUCUGUGAAGGCGUUUGAUGAAUGGACCAAGAAAUUUGGCGACAUUGUGGGAUUUUAUAAUGGUGGCACACCAGUUCUAAUUGUGAAGAACACAGAACUGCUUCGCAAGAUUCAAGUGAAGGAUUUUGGGAACUUUGCUAGUCGUGGUGUGGUGUCUGUGGCAUCGCGUCACCACCGCAUAGCGAGAACGAGCCUCACCAAUGCGCCGAGCGAGCGAUGGAAGGAAAUGCGCAGCCUCAUGACGCCUGCAUUCAAAUCGAGCUCCAUGAAAUGUAUGCUGUCACUCGUUGAAAGUUGUGUGGACACCUUCAUGAAGGUGGUGGCGGCCAAGCAGACAGAAGGAGAUGCCAUGGAAAUGCGGGAGCUCUUCCAGAAACUCUCCAUGGACAUUAUCGCACGGUCCGCAUUUGGCACAGAGACGGGAAUCCAGCAAAGCCAUGGGGGCACGGCUGCCGACACGCUGCUGGCCUUGAUCCAGGACAGGCUGGGAGAAUACAAGAACGGAUGGCUCAUGUACUUUGCAAAUUGUUUUCCGGAAUUUUACUACCUGUGGAGAUUUCUGUUUUCUCGUGGCAAACAUUCUGUGAUGACGCCAACUGACUACAUUAAAAACAACCUGGCUUCACUCAUUGAAGAAAGGAGAGCACACAAGCAGGUAGAACACGAGGACCUGCUGCAGCUGAUGCUGAAUGCUGAGGAGGAGGCCGACUCCCUGAUUGAUGUGCAGCAGCUGACUGUGGCACAUGAAGAGGACGAAGUCGCUUGUGAUUCUCUUGAGAGUAUUCCAGUCAUCCGCAAGCGGCGUUUUAUGACCACAACAGAGAUUCAAUCCAAUGCAGUUAUGUUUCUUGUUGCUGGAUUCGAAACAACUGGCACCACACUGUCGUUUACGUCAUAUCUGCUAGCGAAGUACCCGGACAUCCAAGAAAGGACAAGAAGUGAAAUACUGUCAGUCAUGAAAGCCGAGAAUGGUUUAACGUAUGACAGUCUAACCAAAAUGCGCUACUUGGACCAAGUGAUCUCAGAAGCUCUUCGCUACUACCCAGUUGUUGUUGGGUUCAUUACCAGGAAGUGCGAGCAGGAGUAUGAAUACCAGGGCAUCAAGAUUCCCAGUGGGAUGUCGAUCUUGGUGCCGGCUUUUCAAAUGCACCAUGACCCUAAACUGUGGAACGACCCAGAGGCGUUCAUUCCUGAGAGGUUUAGCUCGGAGAACAGGAGCAAAAUAGAACCGAUGGCUUACCAGGCAUACGGCAAUGGGCCACGCAAUUGCGUAGCCAUGCGGUUUGCUCAGCUAGUGCUGAAAUUUACUUUGGCAAAGCUGCUUUCAAGGUAUGAGCUUGUACUGGCUCCUAACAAGCACAAGGGUGACCUGAAGAUAGGCUCAUCAUUCACGUUGGCUUAUCCAUUGGAUGGUGUGUGGCUGAAGUUGCAAGAAGUGCGUGGAAGCUAAUCGAUGCCAACCUGUCUAUCUGGAAACAGUCAGUAUCUUGCAAUGUGAUUACAUGGGAAGAAGGUGGCAACUUAGAAUUUCCUUGUUUCACAGUGAUGGGAAAUUUUAAUAAAUACCACUUUUGGAGCAGUCUAAGGGCA